AUGAGCCCCCGCCGUCCUAAGAAGUCUCAGCGGCCUGAGGAACCCCCAGUGACGCCCACGCCACAGCCAACUCCUGUAGGAAGUCUUGAGGGGAAUCUCAGCAGCAGCUCCUCGAGCGGCAGCUCCCCCACGGCUACUGCCGCCGCGUUAGCCGCGUUGGCGGCAGACCCUUCUCCUCAGCUAGCCAUGUCCUCAAACGAGCCACAAGUACAGGCAGCACGCGAAACAGCUGCUGCCGAGCUCAAACCAGCAACCUCCGAGAAAAAGAAAGCCUCAUCAGUUGCCUUGGAAGAAGCAGCCGAGACUGCGAUGGCAUCCGCAACACAAGGGGAUGCAGCAAAGAGGCCUCCUGCAGAGGCUGACGACACCCCCAGGACCUUCAGCAGUGGCAAAGAACAGAGCGAUUCAAAAACACCCCCCAGCAGUCUCUCCUCGCCACAGAUGUCGCGGUCGUUUUCACGGGAGGCAUCUCAGCCCCAAUCGCCAAAGGCCGCCGAGCUUAAACCGAAGGUGCUCCUCCCCAUACAGAGCAGGGACCCUCAUGAGAGGCGCAUGUCUAGUGCAGACGAAGUCGAUACGGAUGCUCGAAUCCGGCUCCACACGCCGCAAGGCCCUGUGCCCAUUGGCAUCUGGGAUUUGACCCGGUUCAAGUACUGGCACUACGACCACUAUCAGGAGCUGAGAAGAGAGUGGCUUCUCCAAAGGAAAUCUCUGACUCCCGAGACGCGGCAGUUCGCCAUUCCUCACUCGGGGGUGGACUACUUUUAUCACAAGGCCCCCUUCUUGGCGCAUACUGGGCCCCUGAGCCUCACGUCAAUGACACCUCAGUGCAUCCUCCCAACAGGAGACCGGCUGACCGCAGACACAGAUAUCAGGCGGCUCGUUAAGGACAAACUCCGGGAAAACGCAACCGCCGACGCAAACCUUACCAAAUUAUGCGUCCUCAGCUGUCUUUAA